UUUCACACAAAUAAAUGUUUGGUCAGGUACCUGGACUUAAAAAUGUUAAAAUCUUUAUAGUGUGUCUAUACAUUCACUUUCUCAACUUCUACACUCCUGUCUACUGCAUGGAAAUAAAUCAACUGAAUGUAGUAAAAUGAAAUAAAACUAUAGCAAGUGUAAAAGAUAAAGUAUCUUUUUAGGUAGAGUAUACAUAUAGAUUGACCAUCCAUUUUCCUGUUGCUGUUUACUGGAAUUCUGACACCAGAUAUAUGAUAAAUAACAUGUUUUCUUGACAAAACCCAGGGUUAAGUGCAGUGUGAAAAGCCCUUUGGUCUUCACUUUCCCUCUAGUGACAUGCACACAUCUGAAAACCAGGAAGCAUGUGGAUUCAGGAGAAACGAAACCUAUCUCUCUACUAAACAAGCCUCUGCUUUAGGAUCUACACUUAUCUUAAAAAAAAAAAUAGUUUUACCUGUCUUUUUUGCUUGCAUUGAAAAAAAGCAUUUAGGACUGUUCUUAAUACACAAACAUGUAAGUACUUUUUAGAUUUUUAGACAUGCUCUUUCAUUAAUGAUUUACAUGUGGAUUUAUGUUCUCUUUCUUAUAUGAUUUACUUCUGGCAGAGCAGUUUCUAUCAGAGCUCUAUAAACUAUCUGCAGAGAAAUGGCCGAGUCUGCAGCGAGUCAGUAUGAGGAUCAGUUCAUCUGUUCAGUCUGUUUGGAUCGGCUGAAGGAGCCGGUGACGAUUCCCUGUGGACACAGUUACUGUAUGAGCUGCAUUACUGACUGCUGGGGCCAGAAGGAGCAGGAGCCGCCGUACUGCUGUCCCCAAUGCAGAGAGAGCUUCAGUCAGAGACCUCUACUGAAGAAGAACACUCUGAUAGCGGAGAUGAUGGAGACGCUGCAGAAGACGUCUCUACAAACGGCUGCUGUGGACUGUGAUGUUUGCACUACAGAGAAGAGCAGAGCUGUAAAGUCCUGUCUGCAGUGCUUGGCCUCCUUCUGUCAAACUCACCUGCAGCCUCACUAUCAAUCUCCUGCGUUUAUGAAGCACAAACUAGUCCCAGCCUCCAGAAACAUUCAGGAGAACAUCUGCCUCAGUCAUGGGAAACCUCUGGAGAUUUACUGUCAGGAUGACCAUCAGUGCAUUUGUUGUUUGUGUGUGACUGACAAUCAUAAAAACCACAAUGUUGUAUCUUUGAAUUCAGAAUGGACUGGUAAAAAGGACAAGUUAAAAGAGAUAAAGGUGUCGUGUCAAAAGCUGAUUGAGGAACGAGAGAGAGGUCAGCAGGAACUCAGUGAAGCUGUGAAGUCUUUUAAAAGUUCAGCACAAGAGGCCGUGGAGGACAUUGAGAAGGUCUUCACUGAGCUCAUCUGCUCUCUGGAGAAGAAACGCUCUGAGAUUAAAGAUCAGAUCAGAGAUCAGGAGAAGACUGAGAUAGAUCGAGCAGAGAAACUUCACAAACAUCUGGAUCAAGAGCUGACAGAACUCAGAAAAACACAAAAAGAGAUUGAGAAACUUCUGAUUACUGACGAUCAGAUCCACUGUCUGAAGAGCUGUCAGUCUGUGUGUGUCUUACCCUCAUAUGAAGACGUUCCCAGCUUCACUCAACACACUCAUCUGUCUUUUAAAGACAUUUCAAUCUCUUCAUUCAGAGAGGUUUUGGAGGACGCCUGUCAACAGCAAACAGCCAAAAUAUCUCGAGACGUGUCAAAUGUCCAUGUUGCACAGACUCCAGAGCCAAACACUCCAGAUACACUUUCGCAAUAUUCCUGUCAACUGCAAAUGGAUCCAAACACUGCACACAAAGUACUUAAACUGUCUGAAGAGAACAGGAAAGCAUCACAUUCAGAUGAAGUCCAGAAAUAUCCUGAUCACCCAGAGCAAUUUGAUUUGCUUCAUUACAUCAUGUGUAGAGAGGGUUUGUGCGGUCGCUGUUAUUGGGAGGUUGAGUGCAGUGGGAACAUUUGGGGUGUAGCAGUUUGUUACAAAGGAAUUGGACGUAAAGGAAGAAGUGAUGUUUGUAGACUUGGUUCCAACAAAAAUUCAUGGAGAUUGUCCCGCUACGAGCAAAACGUCAAAUUCAUACAUAAUAAUAAAGAAGUCGUAAUCUCUGCUGUCCGCUCCUCUAGAAUAGGAGUGUAUUUGGAUCACAGAGCAGGAACUCUGUGCUUCUACAGCGUCUCUGACACAAUGACUCUACUACACAGAGUCCAGACCACAUUCACUGAACCCCUCUACCCUGCUUUUCUAGCUGAUGAAGGUUCAUCUGUGAAGAUCAUAGAGCAGAGAAACACUCAGGCAGACCAUAAAAAAAAAAAAAUUCAAGGUUAAAUUCAGCUGCUGAAAUCCUGAAAUGUGUAGUUUGGAUGAACAAAAUACAUAAAAUUUCUUGAACAGCAACAAUAAAUACACAACACACACUUGAGCUGUCAAACUGGAUAUCAGUAAAUAAAUCUAUAGUCCAUUAUCAGAUGUUUCAAAAUCAGGUGUUAUAAAGAUUUUGUGUUUUCUGUGAUCUUUAACAAUAUUUCUGUAGCUCGUUAUACUAAUAAUGUCUGAAUCGAUGAUGCAGUUCACCAUUAAGCCAGCAAAGUGCUAGGGUUAAUUUGUAAAAAAAUUAUAAAAAUAUAUUUUUUUAAACUGUCGUGGAAGCUAGUAGACUGCUUUUACAGGUUAUGGUGUUGACAAAAUAAUUAUAUUUUACUUUACACAUGUAUUAUUAUUCAAUGCAGCCACUUUGUGUGUGUGUGUUUCUACCUGCUAAUUUAGCAUUUUCUUUCUUUACAAAUCAUUUCUUUACAGUUUGGACAACUGAGCUGACUUGAUUUUUUUUCCUAUUUCAUAACAACAAUAUUCGAUAGUGUUGGCAAAAAGUUAAACAGAAAUAGCUGUAAAACCUUUCAGAAGAGGCACAAAUUUAAAAUGAUCUUAUUCUUUAAAGUUUAAUCUCUAUAUUUGUUUUCCUUGGUUUCAUGUAUACUGUAAAGUGGAAUAAAAGAAAAUUUAAAU